GUUCGGUCACAGUUCCUAUCCUAAUAUAUCCAUUAUCCUCGUCACCUUCGUUCCGACACUUUCAUCAAUCUUCUUUAGAUCUAUUAAUCCAUGGCUUCACUUAGUUAUUACUAGUUGUGUUUGUGUCUGUUUGAUAGUAUUGUAAUAACUUUGUAUUUAAUUUAAGAAAUGGCAACUUUGAACCCUUUUGAUCUUUUGGGUGACGAUGCUGAGGAUCCUAGCCAGCUCGCCGUCUCCAUGGCUGCUGAUAAGUCCAAGAAGCCUGCACCUGUUUCAGGCUUGCCUGCUAAGUCAGCUCCUCCAUCAAAGCCUUCUCAAGCUGUGAGAGAGGUUAGGAGUGAUGCUCCACGUGGCGGUGGACGUGGCCGUGGUGGUUACAACCGUGAUUUUAGAGGCGGUGAUGGUUCCGGAGGUAACAAUGGGUAUUCAGGGGGAUAUAGUAAGCCUUCUGAGGAAGGGGAUGUUUCAAAGUCUUCUUAUGAGAGACGUGGUGGUGGUGGAGGAUAUGGAGGUGCUCCUCGUGGUGGUCGACGUGGUGAAGCUGGUGAAGGUGAACGUCCUCGAAGGGCAUUUGAGCGUCAUAGUGGAACUGGCAGAGGGGGUGACUUCAAACGUGAAGGAGCUGGACGUGGAAACUGGGGAACUCCAGGGGAAGAAGUUCUUGUUGUAGAGAAUGAAGAAGUAGCUGGGGUUGAAACUGAGAAAGAUGAUGCUAACAAGGAGAACACUGCUGAAGUUGAGGAGCAGAAAGAGCUAGAGGUUAAGGAAAUGACUCUGGAUGAGUAUGAGAAAAUACUUGAGGAGAAGAGAAAAGCUCUUCAAUCUCAGAACAUCUCCGAGAGGAAAGUUGAUACUAAAGUGUUUGAAUCAAUGCAACAACUCUCAAACAAGAAGAAGUCUGACGAUGAGAUCUUCAUCAAGUUGGGUUCUGAUAAGGACAAACGCAAAGAUGACAAAGAAGAGAAGGCUAAGAAGGUUGUGAGUAUCAAUGAGUUUCUGAAACCAGCAGAGGGUGAGAACUACUACCGAGGAGGACGUGGUGGUGGCCGUGGACGAGGUGAUCGUGACCGUGAAGGUCGUGUUUCAAGUGGUGGAUUUAGUGGUAACCGUAGUGAAGCUGCGCUUGCCAUUGCGGAUACUGCUCAGUUCCCAUCUCUUGGGGGCAAGUAAAAGAUCCAUCCAUGAACACGUGUGAAACUAGUGAAUGAAUUCAUGCGAUGGUUCACGUGGUAAACUCAGGUGUAAAUGUUUUAGUUGUCGUCAGUUUUAGAUUUUCUGCAAACUUAUGCCUUUUUUUUUUUUUACUUGUCAAACAUUACUCUUUUUUAGUUUACCACUUCUUAUAGUCGUUUAUGUUACCUGUUUCAGACAGAGAAGUCUAAUGUUACCUGUUUUGAGUUAAUAAAAGUUCUUCGUUG